UGCCAAACAGGAUGGCCCAGGGUUGUCCUCUUUGCCUGGAGAGCAUAAAUACCACUGGGGAGCUCUGUGAGACUGCAGUUGGUACGAGCUGCUGAGCUGAGACCUUGUACAUCUCGCGCCUCCUGAGGCUGAUUUCAUCCUUUUCCUCCUAGCUUAAAUACUUCAGAAUUGAUUUUCCAGGCUUGGAGGAGCUACAAUUUCCUUGGGACUUGGAAGUACUCAGCAAGAUCUGUGCUGAACUGCAGGAGACCCUGCAAGAAAACCUACCACCAUCUCCUUCUUCAUAGAGGAGGAGACAUGAAUCCUGCCCUGCAUUGGAUCCUUCAUCUGGGAUGCGUGCUGCUCCUGGCAAAGGCAGCUGAAUGCUUUAUCCUGCCAAACUCAAGUCACCUGGAGAGCAUUCUGAGUAAAUACCAGGAGGGGGAAUUUAACUCCAGAUCCAAGAGAGCCAUUUUAUUCUCUGACAGACAGGAGAUACUGAUGCUCCAUAAUAAGCUGAGAGGUCAGGUGUACCCAGUGGCCUCUAAUAUGGAAUACAUGACUUGGGAUGAUGAACUGGAAAGAUCAGCCCAAGCUUGGGCUCAGCAGUGCAUCUGGGACCAUGGGCCCAGUGCCCUCAUCAGGUCAAUUGGACAGAACUUGGCAGUUCACUGGGGCAGGUACCGUUCUCCAGCUUUCCAUGUCCAGUCUUGGUAUGAUGAAGUUAAAGAUUACACAUACCCGUAUCCUCACGAGUGCAAUCCAUGGUGCCCAGACAAAUGUACUGGCGCUAUGUGCACGCAUUACACCCAGAUAGUCUGGGCCACGACGAACAAGAUUGGCUGUGCUGUGAAUGUCUGCAAGCAGAUGAAUGUCUGGGGAGAAAUAUGGGAGAAUGCUGUCUACCUGGUCUGCAACUACUCACCAAAGGGGAACUGGAUUGGAGAAGCCCCAUACAAGACUGGCCGCCCCUGCUCUGAGUGCCCACCGAGCUAUGGAGGAGGCUGCCAGAACAACCUCUGCUACAAAGAUUACCGUUACGAGGAUCCCAUCAUCACCGAGACGGAUGAGACAAACGAAGUGGAGAUUUCCCAGGUUGCGGAGCAGAAGCCGGUGCGGUUCAACCUUCCAGAAAGCAAGGCCAACAAACCUACCAAGCCCAAGAAGGUCAUCCCAGAGUCCUACAUGACACAAGUCAUAACGUGUGAGACCAAGAUGAGAGACAAAUGCAGAGGCUCAACAUGUAACAGGUAUUUGUGCCCAGCUGGCUGCUUGUACAGUAAGGGAAAGAUCUUUGGAACAUUUUAUUAUGAAAGUUCAUCAAGCAUCUGUCGUGCUGCAAUUCAUUAUGGCAUCUUGGAUAAUAAAGGAGGGCUGGUUGAUAUCACGAGGAAAGGGAGGACACCGGCGUUUGUGAAGUCUACCCGGAAUGGCGUGGAGUCAUUUAGGAAAAGCAAGCCUUCGAAUGCGUUCAUGGUUUCCAAAGUCACAACACAGACGCUGGAUUGCUACACUACCGUAGCUGAGCUGUGCCAGUUCAAAAAGCCGGCAACCCAUUGCCCAAGGAUUUAUUGCCCAGCCCACUGUAAGGACGAGCCAUCGUACUGGGCACCGGUGUUUGGCACAAACGUUUAUGCAGAUAGCUCCAGUAUCUGCAAAACUGCUGUGCAUGCAGGAGUCAUUCCAGAUGAAAGAGGUGGUUUUGUGGAUGUGAUGCCUGUUGAAAAGAAGAAAAGUUAUGUUGGCUCCCUAAAGAAUGGAGUCCAGUCUGAGAGCUUAAAGAAUCCUGCGGAUGGAAACGCCUUCCGGAUUUUUGCUGUGAAGCAGUAAAAUCCCAAGGAAGGUCCAUUUCUCUUUGGGAGAGCGCUCUGUUGAUCUCCAGAGACAGGAAGCCUCCUCUGACAGCAUCAGCUCUGACUGUACCCUCCUUGCUGAUCUCUUUCAGGGAAUUAAAAAAGAAAAUGGGGAAAAAAAAAGAAAAAAAAGACAAAAAAAAAAAAAAGACACCAGGUUCUGACUCAGCUGUUCGCAUCUCAUCACACCCGUUCAGCGUUGUAUCUUUCUGUGUUUUUGUUUCUCUAGGGGCAUUCAGCAACGAUAAACUGUUCUAACUUUCAAUUUACAAGAGGUGUGCUACACAGAACGACAGUAGCUUAAUGUAUGGCAGAUGUAGGGAUCUUGGCCUGGCCUUGGAUAGCAUUUUUAAGGUGUGAAGCAUCUACUGCAACUGGUGUGAGGAUGUGCAUACUGCUGAGCAGACUUGGAAGUGAGUGACUAUCCAGGUGCUGGAUCCUUUGAAAUGAGAAACUGUUUGAAAAGUUGCAUCCUUUGGGGAGAGGCUGGGCUUUGACAGAGUGGUUUUGUGUAUAUAUGAUGUUUCGUGUGCAACAGAAGAGAAAAUCUGGUCUUUUCCCAAUGAGGUGGCAUGCAUCAGCACGGCUGUGUAAGGCUGCUGGGGCAUCACGCUAGGCUAUGUUGUAUGAUUGUGUCAUGUUUGGGGAGAGGAUGUUCUUGUCGGUUGGACGUCAAGGUUUUUUGGGGAUAUUAGUAGGGUGUGAAAUGGUGGCAGAGAGCCUUGCUGCAGAAAAUGAGGCCACCAGAUAACCAAAACAGCAAGUUUAGUGUUUGCUGGUCAAACAUUCACAGGUAUUUUGCAAGUUUGGCAACCUAUGAGAAGUCAAUGAAUUGGGGCUCCUGUGCUGGCACAUCUCAUCCUAUACUACACGCCAUUUCACAUAAGAUUUCAGUUAAAUGCAGUGUAUUGUUUUAUACAGCAGUGCUGGUUGUUUUAUCUGUAGUAGUUAAGUAGUGAUGAAGUUAAUCUUAUUUCUGCUAGGAAUGGUUGCAGCCGUAGGAAGCAUGUUCACUUCACCUUUGUGAAGCUUUUUGUGGUGUGUGCAGUUCUGAGACUUUGAAGUUAUGACAUAAAUUGAGUUAGAUUAACUUUUCCCUUUCAGUUUGUGAAACCAGCAGUUCCCCACUGUCAGUGUGAAUGCUAUACUAAAGAGCAUUUGGUACCCAGAAUGAUACGUUUUGCAUAGCCCAGAUGUGUUAUAAUGAUGUUAUUUCAUGUUUUGUUAUUUACACCUCAACAUGCACCCAACUGCAUUCCAAAGCCAAAAGGAGAGCCCAAUAUGACUUGCUCUUUUAAGGCUGGAGAGAGUAUUCUCUACUUUGUAUUGGAAAUGAAUUUUUACAAUUGGUCUAAACACAAAUCCAGUUGUAACUUCAGUAGUCAUAAGAAGGCAACUUAAAUUUUAAUUCUUCAGUUCUUGUUAAUGCAUAAUCCUUCUGCUCAAUAACUUGACUGUAAUAUUUUAUAACAAAUGAGAAAAUAUUACCCUUUGUUUGGCAAAUGUCUCAUAGCUGCUCUUAUGCUCAGGUCAUGUUUGUUUUACUCUAGACAGAUAUACAAGCCAUCUCUUCAAGCUCUUUCAAAACACAGAUCAAAAAUGUUUAUAUAAUUAAGCACGUCUUUAAUUCUGUAAACACCAUGAAAUCAGCAAGGAUAUUACAUUUAUCACUCAGUUUGUCUCACCAUUGGGGUUUCUUUCUCUGUGAAAUCUGAAUUUGGAAAGAGACCUUUUGUAAAAGCUGCUUUGCAUCGUCUCCAAAAGUGCUGCAUAGAAAACCUAGCUUUGUGGGGGAUAGAAAGAAAUGACUCUGUGUGUUGUCUUUGUUUAUAUAGUUUAUAUAGUAUCGUCUUUCAAGAUGUAUCGUAUUUGCUUUAGAUAGGAAAACUGAACUAUUUCUUUCUUAAUAGGUAAAUUGGUGUUAAAAACAGCUGGAACAUAUCUUAGAAAAGCUGCUGGUUGGAAGCAUUUGAGAUCUUGGCAGUGAGAUAAGGCUUUCCCUGUGUCUGCCCACUGUGAAUAAUUACGCUAUACAUGGUCUGGUUCAAGCCCAUUACAUACUGCAGCAUGAAUCUAGGACCAUCAUGGGCCAAAUGGUAGCCACAGUGCUACUUAUUGAAUUAGAAAGAGUAAGAGAUGCAAUCAGGUAUUCUUCACAGGGACUGCAAGAGCACAUAAACGCCUGAUGCUAACAUAUGAUCCCACCUCUAACAUGCUGUCAGUAAUAAAUUACAUGUGCUCUAAAAUGACGGAAAGAAAUGUGAGGGCUCUUGCAGACAAGCCCAGGGGAUUAUUGUGAGCACAUAAAAAUCCAAACAGCUUGGGAUAUAUCUACCUGAAGAAAAGGGGGUGAGGGAAGAAUUAUUAUUCCAACAGAAAUAUCCUAACAUACGUAAUUCAAGUUACAAUUGCGUAUUUUUAACUUCAGCCAACUGGUUUGGAUUUUUAGAAACUGAUGUUAAUUUAAGUUUGUAUCUGUUUAUUUUUAUAUCUGUUGCACAAAAGAGAAAUUGUGACCUUACUACACAAAUAUUAUUCGAGGUCCUGGGUGCUAUUAGUUUAAACAUACCUCCACCAGAAUUAGGGGCGAUCAGGUCCUCCAAGGCAGUCAUGAUAUAUCAAUUACUUGCAAUCAUGUGUGCUAGCUAUUCAUAUAUAGGUGGGACAGUACCAGUUUUUAGCCAAAUAUUUACUGAUUUUAUUUCUGAUACCAAAACAUUUCUCAGCCUAAUAUAUUUCAACGCAGCUUAAAGGUGCAGCAUGACUUUAUAUCACCAGAUCCAUUCCUGCUUAGACGCCAGCCCAGCAGAUUAGUAAGAACAUGGCAACUUGAAGCAUCCAGGCAUAGCCAUAGUGGUGAAGCCUCUGGCAAAGCCAAUGUUGCCUGGUUGUUCUCUUCCAAGGAAUUUAGUUUUGAAGCCAAGCCUGCCAGUGCAGACACUGCCAUUGCAGAGCAUCUGGCUCACCACAGACAGCUUUCAGUACACACAACCAGUGUGAAAGUUGAAGCAUGGUGCCUCCCCAGCUGCCAGUGUCCUGUCAGGUCCUUUGGCUCCAUUAAUAUCUUCAUUUUAAGAUGUUCAGCCAACACCUGAUUGAGGAGUCUCCGUUUGGUUGGUUGUGCAGUCUAAAUAUUUAGGGCCAGUUCAUAGAGUUGCUUUUCUUUUUUUCUAUGAAAAAUGAUGUAUUUUACUUCCUAUGUGUAAAAGUUUCUUGUAAAUUUUUACCUACUUUUGCAUGUUUUUCAAGGGGCCGUGUGUUUAUAAACUACAAUUUUUUUUUUCUAAAUAACAGAAUUGUAAAAUAUCUUUCCCUUUCCCCUCCAUUUUCUUUUGAUUUCUGAAUUAUUUGUGAAAUAAAACCUUUCCAGAA